UCAGCUGAUCGGAGGAAAACAAUACCCGUCAUGAUUGUCAUUUUGUAAUGUUCAGGAUAUCUGGGACCACAGCAGCCGGGUCACGCACUGCUGCCAACCAGCGGGAAACUGCUUUGCGUGCAGCUGACACUUGGGCUUGAUGAGGCCUAUUUGUUCUGGUUUAUAACGUUACAUCAGCAAGGCCUACUUGUGAUGCUAAGCUAAUUAGUUAGCAGGAUUCAUGAUUGUAAACUACUGGUGCAAGAAGUGAACGGUCUGGGAUUAUCUUCCCAGCCACAGUCGAUCAAACGAUGAAGGUCUGACGACUGUACAAGUAUGUUGUUUUAGCUAAUGUCUGUGAAUGGGUAGAGCGUGUUUGGAAGCUCAUGUAGCCUGUCCAGUUGUCACAGACAGCUUCUGACGGUAAUUAUCUUGUGCCAGCAGCGCUCUCGUACAGCUAUACGAUGUGGUUGAAACUAUUCUUCUUGCUCUUGUAUUUCAUACUGUUGUUUAUGCUAGCGAGGAUUUUUGAGGCGGUAGUUUGGUAUGAGACUGGUAUGUUCGCUACUCAGCUUGUGGAUCCAGUUACUCUCAGUUAUAAGAAGUUGAAGACCAUCCUUGCGUGUCGAGGGCUGGGAUACUCCGGACUAGCUGAGAAGAAGGAUGUCAGCGAGCUGGUGGAGAAAUCAGGAGAGUUGACACAGGGGGAGCUGUACUCAGCCAUCAAGAAAGAGAAGGAACAGACAGAGGAAGGAGAUGCCAGCACCACACACUUCAGUGGAGAGAUGCACUUCUAUGAAUUGGUGGAAGACACUAAAGAUGGGAUCUGGCUGGUUCAGGUUAUUGCCCAGGACAGGGAAGCUCUGCUUAGUCAGUCCGACUGGGGGAAGAUGGUGCAGAAAGUGUCUCAGUUUGGGAUCAGAACUGGAACCUUCAAUUGCUCAAAUGAUUACAGGUCAUGCAUCAAGCGUGGCUGGAAGCGCUCAACUCUCAUCAUGUCUGUUCCUCAGACUUCAGCAUCGAAGGGCAAAGUCAUGCUAAAAGAGUACAAUGGCCAUCGCAUUGAAGCUGAACACAUCUUCCGCUGGAUGACCUCACAUGUAGCUCAUCGAAUCAAAACCCUGCAUCAGUCUAAACAACUGGUGGAGGAGUGGCGCUCUGACCUGUCCCACCCAGUGAAGAUGUUUCUGUUUGCCCGUCUGUCCCAGCCACCCGCUUUCUUCUCUUCAUUGUCCAUCAAGUUCACCGGCAGGAUUGAAUUCAUCUAUGUGGACAUACGUCACUGGGACAACCACAGCAGCCUAUCAGAGAUUGGUGUGACACAGAGCCCCGCCUACAUCCUCAAGAUGCCUGAGGGCAUUUAUCGCUAUGGCAACAGUACAGGGGAGUUCCUGUCUCUGGCUGCCAUGGACACUUUCUUGCGUUCGGUCCAGCCGGAGGUUAAUGAUGUGUUUGUCCUCAGUUUGGUUCUGAUCAACUUGCUGGCCUGGAUGGAUCUUUUCAUUACACAGGGAGCAACAGUGAAACGAUUUGUAGUUCUGAUCCGAACGCUUGGAACCUACAACUCCAUACUGCUGGUGUCCUGGCUUCCUGUUCUGAUGGACCUUUCACCUUGGAAAUCCUGUUGCAGUGAAGUGAUGUGUAACUGCAAAACAGGCCUAGAAAGUUGUGCAUAUGUAAUUGGAUUAAUGUAUGAAUUAGCACAUUACCAAAAUUUAGGAAAGCAGUCUGUCCGACCAGAGCAGAGCAAGACCUCAUUGCCACAAACUUGGCACAUACCUCAACACUCAAUGUUUUUAACCCCCAAAAUUAUACAUUUAAUUACAAUUAAUAAAAUAAAAUCACAUCAAAAUGAUUGGGCCCCAGCUACAAAAGUAUACAGUCAGAAACCUUUAUUGUGUGCUUACUUUUAAGGCCUAAAUUGUCUCACUGUUGGUCUGUACCUGCUCUAUAUGGAAAGUGUCCUGAGAGAACUUCAGUUGUGAUUUGGCGCUAUAUAAAUAAAAUUGUAUUGAAUUGAAUUUAAUAGAAAUUACUUAAUUAGCCACUUCCUCCUGACUCCAGAAUAACUUUCUGAAAUAUUUACCACAUUUUAUUGCAUUUAUAAAUAUUUAGGAAUUUGUAAGCACAGGUGUAAUUAAAAGGUGAUAUGUCCUUUCUCUGAAAUAUCUCUCUGAUUUAUUUAAUCCAGGUUUCUAUUCUACUAUAUAAAACAACUCUGUUCUAAUAAUAAUUGUUUUUCUACUUAAAUAACAAAUGAUAAUAAACAAUUUCCUGUGUUUGUGCUACCCUCUCCUGGGAAAGCUGUCUAUUAGACCUUAGUAAUGGUGGUAUAACAAGACAUUAAUUAAUGACAGAUAGAGGGGCACAAAUAAGAAGGCCUUUCUUUGCCAUCACCUCAUCUCAUUCCUCCAACACAUGGAGAAUCCCAGAUGACUGUGACUUCUUUGUCAGAUAUUGAUCCUGUCUGUAAGUCACUAGUGAAAAUGAGUGCACCAGAUGCACCCAUUUUGAUUUUUUUUUUUUUUCACUAACUCAGUGUCUUUAAUGUUAAAGCUAUCUGGACAGACUUCAGAAGUUAUAGACAAUUUACAAAUUUUAGUGAUAAGUAGAGAACCAGUGCCACUGUCCAGUGGCAGGUGUGAGAGACUCAAUAGUACAAACAGUUGGUGGUGGAAGAAAUAUUCAAAACCUUACUUAAGCAAAAUAAUGUAUUACCAUUGCCAUUGGGAAUUAUAAGUAUCUAAAGUCAUUGUACAAUAAAAUGAUCCCUGUCAUUGUUUUAGCUGCUUAAAAAAGUAGUAGUUUAAUCUACAGCAAUAAAUCUGUAAGAUCAUCAUAUGUUUGUACUAUCACUGUCCUGUGAGAACCAUAUAUCCAUAAAAUUUUUCAUGAGUUUAGAACAGCCUGGUUUUCAGGUUAGUGACAAUUUAUUACAGCUAAUCCAAGAGGAGUUUUAAAUAGUUUAUUUAUCUUCAGAAGUAGGAGAAGUUGCUCAGCCCAUAAAAGAACAUUUCAUCUGUCAGUUUAUCACAAACAUUCACAUUCAAAAUCACUAAAUCUGGAGAUACAUGUCUGUGAAGAUUUAUUGGUUGGAGAUACUUGGUUUUUACACAAGUGAGUGGAAUGAAAAGUACAAUAUUUGCAUCUAAAAUGUAGUGGAACAGAUAUAUAACAAAAUGCAUAUUGUAUAAAAAUUGAAAUACUCAUGUAAAAUACCUCAUAUUUGUACUUGAGCACAGUACUUGGGUAAAUGUACUUGAUUUUACAGGAGACAGAAGUAGGAAGCUAUCUCGGUAACAUAGCACCACCACCUAGCUAGCCAGCUCCCAGACUAACUUUAGUGAAUGUCCUAUCUGAGACUUUGAACCAUUGUCUCCUCAUAUUUUCACAACCCAUUUCCAAUGGAUUUCAGGAAUGAAAGGAAGGUGGUACAAGGUCUAUUCUGACAGCACUCCUUCAUCCUGUUAGAUUUGCACCCAGGGACCCAGCAGUAAGAUGACGUAGUUGGAUGUAAAGAGAAGUCUCUAGCAUUGUAGCAAACAAUACCAAAACUGGGCGACUCACCCAAGCCUCAUGUUGAAAUCAAGAUGAUAAUUCAUUAAUCAUUAUUCAUGAAUAAGGUGAAUGACUUCGAUAGUCACCACAUCUCAAUACAAUAAAUGCUGUCAUGUCAACAAGGAGCAGAAUCUGUAAAGAAUAUUUCCAGAACCUUGACCUUAAAUUGUCAAGGAGAAUGCAGGCUGGUCUGAGGGAAAGGGGAAUGGCAUAAAAAGGUGUACCUAAUAAAGUGGCCUGAAUUUAACUUUACUCUUACUAUUUUUGACUGAGUGGAGAGUUGAAUUAAUAAUACUUAAUCAUUAAUCACUGAUUGAUCACUUCCCCCAGGCUCUCCUGCAGCUGCCCUAUCUGGACACCCUGUAUGGCUACAGUCUGAAGCUGCUUCGUUAUGCUGACACCACCACACUGGCUAGCCUAGUUAGAGCUGACUGGACCUUUUACUCAUCCCACCCAGCUCUCUUCCU